CUUGUCAAGUUACGUGUUUUUUAAAGAUUUUCAAACUAGUUUUGUUUGAUUGCUAAGGUGGAGUACACUGGGACUAAGUCUUACAAUAAAAGUUUUACAGACGAAGGCAUCGUAGAUGUAAAAGUGGCAACAUUAUAUACUGUGGAGAAUCUAGUGCCAGGAACUAGAUACAGGUUUCAGGUUUAUGCAAUCUCUGAAUGUGGAACUCAAGGACCCACUACAUAUAUAGAUGAAGAAACAAGACUGGAGGCUCCAGUGGCACCAGUUGCAUUGAAAAUGACUAAAGUAGAAGUCUCUGAUAUAACGGCUGAAAUUGAUCUGUGGCCUGCUGAACAAAGGAAUGGUCCAAUAAGUGCUUAUCAAAUAAUCAUUCUUAAAGUCACUGAUUGUGUUCAAGAGCUUCCCAGGGAUUUUGAUGUGAAGCUGAAAGAUUCCAACGACAAAGAGUUGAACUUUUAUCCUUUUUACAUCGCUGCGGAAAUCGAAAAUGGGUCUGUGCAUGACAAAUCUAGGAAAUUUACUGUUGGUGACGGGAAAUCGUAUGGAACCUUUACAAACAAAGAGCUGAGGCGAGGAGAAAACUACAUUGCCUAUCAAAGAGCCAUAACUCGUCACAACGGUCAAAUUUUGGAAGGAAGUGCCAGUAAAGUCGCCUUGAUAUCCGCCGUCACACCAGAGUCACUUAAAAAUACUAAAGAAACCAUGAAAGGAAAUCCCAGUGAAUUCCAAGUCCUUCGUGUUAGUGUCAUCGCCCUUUCUUGCGUUGUUUUCGUUUUGUUCAUUGUGAUUGGUGCACUUAUAUGGCGGUUAAGACGGACUGAACCUCAAAAACCAACAACCACGGUAUACAGUGAAAUCCCUGUCCGAUCUGGUGGUCAUCAAGUGUCAGAGCCUGUUGUUUAUAUGGAACUCCAACGCAGGCCCUCGGAAGGGAAGUCACGUGAACCUCUUGAGUACCAGUCAAUGCAAGACACCAACGUGACUCCUGAUUAUUGCAAUAUGGGAUUUGGGAGAGGAAAGUCAGGGAAGGAAGGCCACGGAAUUUACGAGAAUUUCCACAACUGAAUAUUUUAGUUUCCGCUUUACGCUUGAUAGAUCCGAAAUUACACUUCCCAUUUGAUGCAUACUCCUAAACGCUACAGACGGUUUGUUGUUGAAGACUUGCUUUUACCAACAUCAGAACUUUUCGUAAAAGACUUUUUGUAAGAGACUGACUGUAGUUACCCGUUUUUCUGUCUCUGAUAAUUUUCGCCCACAUUUUAACGGGGCAGGGAAGCAUACAAAUUGUAGAAGUAACGUAUGACAGCUGAAUUACGAUUUGCACCAAUAAUUGCUUAAUAUGAGUGAAAUUACGUAAAAUACUCAAUAAUACAUUUUGAAAUGACUGUAAGUCACAUUUAGCCGUGUUGCUGUAAAAAGGGACGAUUUUCCUGAACUAGCUGCACUUAAUUAAGCAUUAAACCCUUGAAAAAUGAUUACUUUGUCUUGCCACAGUCCAUGUCAGCAUCUUUUCUAACUACACGAUGCCUCGAAGGAAGAUACAUGGAUUUUGUGAGUUAUGUUCCAACUGAAUGGUUUAUUUAGCCUCUGGAAGGUGUAAACAAAAAUAGAAAUAUCAGUAGCAUUAAAUAGGCUAUACAGGAAACAAAGCUUCAUUUCGAUACAAUUCCAUAAAUAAACCCCUCCUUGAUGAAGUAAAAACGUUAGAAAGUUAAGUGAUUCAACCCCAUGGCGAAUUUUUCCUUACAAUUUUUUGUGACUCGUAAAAUAAAGUUAGAAUGCAAUAAUAAACAGAGAAAAAGGUUUUCUUGUCAUUACUGCGGAGUUCAUUGCCGGUUUGCUUUACAUAGCUAAUUCUUUCAGCUAGUCAAAGAAAAAAUAGAAAAU